AUGCUGGAAAAUGGCCAAAGAGUAGAAUGGUGCGGAGCAUUAUGCAAAGGAAAGCUUUGGAAAAAUAGUAUUCCACCAUCACCUUCAUUUGUGGCUUCUCCUGUUACCAAAAAGAAAAAAUCAAUGGCUUAUUCUAAUGAUAAUAGUAUGAUCAACUAUGAUAAUGGUAUGGUCAACUAUGAUGACGGCAUGGCCAACUAUGAUGACAGUAUGACCAGCUCAGCAUACACAGCACCAAAGCAACCCAUUAAAUCAAGAGGCUCUUAUUCGGAUACAUCAAGAGUUUCUUAUUCGGAUACAUCAAAAACAUCAAAAGUUGCAUCAACAUUUGCUUAUUCAGAUACAUCAAAAGUUGCUUAUUUGGAUACAUCAACAGUUGCUUAUUCGGAUACAUCAAAAGUUGCUUAUUCGGAUACACCAAAAGUUGCUUAUUCUGACACUUCCGCUUACCCUGUGACAACACCUCAGACAACAAAUUCAGUAUCAGUAAUUUACCUUACCGACAACAGCAUAAUCAACCCAAUAUACACAAAUCAACCCAUUCAACCGGGAGUGGCUUAUUCGAACACUUACCCUUAUUCCGUAGCAACACCUCAAUUAACGAAUCAGGUUCAACCUGACAACCGAAAUUUUCAACAAAAUUCACAGCGAGGAUUGCCUGACACCAAUCAGCCUAAAAGUCGUAAUGACGAAUUAAAGAGUGUGGCCUCUUCACUUGCAAAGACUGCUGCAAAGGCUGCGGCGGAAACUGCAGUGAAAAUUGCAGCCAGAGCUGUAGUCAAGUCUGUUUUGGGUGUUUAA